AUGAUGAAGGGUAACAGCGUGUCAUUGCGAUCUUUAUCUCUCUGUCUUCUCUUUUCCCUGUUGCUGUUCUCCUUCUGUAUGGACACACGCUCCAGUGCAACCGACGGGGCAGACAAAGCGGAGUCUGCUGUCUCGGCUGCUCCAGAAAGCGCGGAAGAACCGAGUGGAGAGGACGCCAGCGAGUCGAGCUUGGGGGAGGACGAGGAAGACAGCGAAGAGGAGGAUGAGAAUGAGGACGAGGACUUUUCUUCCCUUUUUGGGUCCCUCGGCGGUGGCGGUUUUGGCAGGGGUCUGGACAACUUGCAGGGGAUGUCGGGGCUGUUCGACAAUUUGGGAACUGACUCCGAUGGAGAGCACAAACUUGGAAACCUAGCCAGUUUACUUCCGAACCUCGGGAUGAUCGGCAAGGGGGGCGGCGACGGCAAAGAGGAACUCGCAGAGCUCCUGAGCAAGGCCAGCGCGCAACAGAACUCAGGAACCAACCAGGUGUCUCCCGACUUCGUGAACCAGAUCUUCUCGAUGCUUUCGAAAAACAACACCGCUCUCAACGACAUCAUGAGCGAGUUCAUGCAGGAUCCGUACAUGGACAUCAAAGAGACCGAGCGGCCGAAAAUUGAUCCAGAGGUUUUCGCGAACCCUCCAGCACAAACAGACAACGCAGCUGGCAACGCCAAAGACGGUGAGACACCUGAGAGUUCCCCUGCAGAGGCUUACGCAUCUGACGCGGCGACAGCAGAUGGCCCUGAAGAGAUCAUUCUGUCGAAAAUCAAAAAAUUCGUCAAGAAACCCGGAGACCGCGACGCUGACAACGCUGCUGCCGACCCGUUCGCCGAAACAAAUGACGCUGGCGUCUGCCACAUUCUCGUUCUCUCUGGAGGAGGUGCACGAUCCGCAUUUCAGGCGGGAGGGAUUGUCGGACUUGCCGAGCAAUACAAGGCGCAAGGCCGUGAACUGAAGUGGGACGUUGUUACUGGCGUUGGCUUCGGCGGUGUACAGGCAGCUUUCGGCCUUCCCUUCAAACCAGGGCACAACGGCGAGCUAGACUACGGCGAGAGCCUGUGGAGGUUUUGGCAGGGUUUGAAGAAGGAGGACAUUUUGAAGUGUGAGAACGGAAUGAAAGAUUUGAUGGACAUUCGCGCAACGAUGCAGUGGAUCCAGAAGUCCCAAAAGUACGCGUCGAAUGUGGCGAAGUUGCUGAAGGUUCCCCUGCCGCAUCCCUGCGACACUGCGCCGUUGGCGGCCACACUGAAGAAUUACCUUUCCAAGUUGGCGGAGAAAAGCGAACCUGCACCCGACGACAGGGAGCCCCGAGUGGCGGUCUUGACUGCAGCAAAGCUCGGAGGGGGCCGUCACACGUGGACGUUGCUUCCGUCGCAGCUGGAAACAAAGCAGUGCAAGAGCGAAGACGGGUCGCCGUGUUCGGAGGGCUCGCCAUCUCAGAGCGCCGCGGAUGUCGAUACACGCGCCCCGGUCUUGGUCGCCAUGGCAGCCACGGCCGCGAUCCCAGGCACUUUUCCGCCGGUCGCGCUCCCGAAUGCCAAGGGAAAGCUCGAAGGCAUGAUUGACGGCGCGGUGAACUCCUUUCUGAACGUCCUGCCGGGAGUGAGUGCGUGUCAGGAGCGCGUGAAACGCAGCAAAAAGAAUCCCUUCUCCGACGAAGAGGUUGCGCAAGGCAAAGGCAUCGUCCUCGACUUUGUUCUGUCCGUUGAAGCCGACAAACCCAACACGGAAGGGACCAUGGCCGACGAAGAAGAAGAAGAGGACAAUGACUUGUUCGACAACACUGGCGUCCCCCUCGAGAACCUGGCUCUGCUCAAGGAGAAAUUCCCUGCCCUCACAAUUCGCCAUGUCAUCGCUCCCGACGAUACAUACGAGCUUGCCCACGAUCUCAUGGACCUUCGCAGCACUCAGGCGCUCCUCGAACUCGGGCGGAUCGCUGGCUGGGGCGCUCAGGUGUAUGCGCCUAUGGACGAAGAGGCAAAGUCUGAAGAGUCUUGAGACUUUGGCCUAAGCAGUCGCCACUCCAAGAGAGGCGGAGCUACACGAUACACCUCACUUCCCUCGUUCCUGUCUGUUCUUCGUUGUCCCGAUUUGUAUUGUGGUCGCUGCGAGCCGCUCUCUGCGGACCCUUUUGUUGUUUCCUUAUAAAAAACUGAUCUCGAGAAAUCUUGCCGUCCCGAACCUC